UUUCGUUCGCACGUUGUUCGCGCAGCUCCUUCGGCACCGUGGGCGGGACAACAACAGCUACCACCCACCGCAGAUCAGAUCGUGGUUCCAGUUCCAGGGUUCCAUUCAUUUAAUAUACAGUAGGUAUAGGCCUGAAGUUCCAGAAAAUGAGCGCGCAAUCCAUCAAAAAACGGAAACAACCGUGCUUCGCCGGCUGGAAAAGGAAAAUCAUUCGGCAGUUUGUAAACGGUUGGAUCGAAAGUGACCAAAACUGUACACCACUGGCUGCUACGGAACAACAGAACACCGUUGAAGAGAACCAUGUGAUGAUGGUGGAUUGCGAGAUGCAAGUUCCGGAAACUGAAACCGUGAAGCCCGCCGCGACGGAAACUCCCAUAGCGAACAAAACGAAACAGUUCAGUUACCCGAAUUUCGUAAAAGCCGACGCUGAGAAACCGGUCAGCAUCGUUAGCGAUCCUGGCCUGGAUAAACGGGACGUGCAACGACUGAAGGCGGUGAUAGCCUACAUGUACAACGAGGACAAGAUUUCGUUGAAGCUAAGCUUCGAACAGGCCGGAGUGCUACUUGAACCUGAUUACGACGAUCGGAUGAAGGUGUUCCGCUAUCUGGUAAACGAUCGGGAGAUUUGCCGUGCCGAAGGGGACCAGCAGGAGGCCCACUCGAAGGCGCGCGAUCGGCUGUGCGAGAUUUUGCAGUACUACUGCUACUCCGUGAAGAGACUAAAAGAAUAUCACACGAAACGAAACGUGUUCCGGAAGAUUCCCGUUGAGCAGGACGGCAAACGUCACUUCAAGGACAAACAGCUGGACGAAGAGAACAUCGGUUUCCGCAUGCUGCAGAAGCAGGGUUGGUCCGGAGGCUCCCUGGGCAGCAACGAGGAAGGUAUCCUGGAACCGAUUGGGCUGCACAAGAAGUCCGGAAAGAGUGGCCUGGGGGCGGACGGUCAAGCAGCGAUGGAAAAGAUUCCCGUCGAAGCGUUCAUGGUUGCAAUCAAACAGUACGCGUCUGGGAACGCUCUGUACGAUCUGGUGUUUAGUCCACAGUUUUCCAAACAUCAGGUUAUCAAAUUGAAAGACUACGCUUCCUCAUUGAAGCUGUUUCCCCAAAUUAUCGGUAAGCGCAAGCAGCUAGUCAUCAGUAAGAAGCUCACUCUUCACCAGAUCAAGGAGGGUGUCCUGAAAGGACAUUCGGAUUUGUGUGCCAAGUACGCCGUGAUUCCACCCAUAUGCGAAACGCAUAAAUAAAAGUUCGUUAUUUCUCUUAAAACUA